UGCAGUGGCCAUAUUUGUUGAUGUGUCAUAUCAAAGUGACUGACUUGUUGUGCGAUCAGCUGGUAAGGCAGGGGGGGUUCAAAGUUCAUUUUUAUCCCGAUUGUCUCCACAUCGAAGCACACCAUGGGUUUUUCCUUCUCGAUUUGAGUCAGAGGAGGACCUGGGUGCAUCUCAGUCCUGCUUCAGAUACAUAAAUGAUGGAAGGAUCAGAGGUUCAGUCCUUGACGACGGCAUCACGCCAAAUGAAUCUCCUUAAUGUCAACACGUCUAAUGCAGAAGAGGAGGAAGAAAUCUUUCUCAACAGUGCACAGGAGGUGGAGACCUGCAGUCAGGCAAAAGAUGAAUUGCAGCUUGACGGUGAAUCAGUCAAGACUACAGCACUUGCUGAGAUGGACACAAAGACGGAACAUGAAGCUCAAACAUGCAGUCAUGAACAUCCAGAUGUGAAAGAGGAGCCUGUUGAUACCAGAACUGUUUUAGUGGAAAGUGGGAAGCCUCCACAAAGUCCUUCAAAUGAGAGUGGUAGCACUUUGGUAGCCCCAGUACCUACUGUGGAUGUAGUAGAAAACUCUCCUUCUGUACUUGAAGGGACAGAAGAUACCGUAUUGACUUUUGAUGCUACCAUUCCAAAUGGCAAUGAACAGCCAUCGCUCUUAGUUAUAAAUUGCCCCACUGAGCCAUCACCUGCUGAGGAUAGUAGUUCAGCUGAGAGUCCAUCAUCCUCUUCUGUCCAUAGCACUUCCAAAAACUCACCCACAGACUCAACAACAACCUCCGGUAUUUCUAAUGGACCUUCUACCCCGAUCUCUGACACCUUUAGCUCCUCGCUUGCUUCCAGCCCUCAAACUAGUGCCAAAAACCUUUUUCCCUCAAAUUCUUCUGCAAGUCCUUAUGACACUGAUUGCAGCCGAAAGCUUAUUUCUCAGAUCCAGCGGUCACUGUCACAAGAGUCACUGCUAGAUGAGCUUGAGUCUGAGCUCUUGGCUUGUCAGCUGCCGCAUGGUGACGAUAGAAGUGAGCGGAAAGGGAGCUCACCUGUCAAUGGACUCCCCACGGACCAGGAAGGAUGCAUGGUAGUCUUCGAGAAGUGUGUGCAGUACAAAUAUGCACAACAGGAGAAGGCUAUUCAGAAGUUGCUUGAGGAAAACAAGAGACAUCAGGAGCUGAUCCUGGGUAUCUGUUCAGAGAAGGACAAAAUGAGAGAUGAGCUCAAAAGAAGGACAGAAACAGAAAAGCAGCACUUUGCCACCAUUACAAAGUUGGAGGCGAAGGUGAACGAGCUGCUGAAAGAACUGAAGGAGUCGCGGGAUAAACUUGUUCACCAGGAGCAGUCAGCUAAAGCUGCUCUCCAGCAGAUGCAGAAGGAGACAGGUUACCGGAUUGAACAGGUGAAUAAGAAAUGUGAUGAGGCGAGGCAAGAGAAGGAGACCAUGGUGAUGAAAUAUGUGCGGGGUGAGAAAGAGGCCCUCGACUUGAGGCGGGAUAAAGAGAGUCUGGAGAAGAAACUGAGAGAAGCCACCAAAGAGGUGGAUCGCCAGGCCCUGCGAGGAAACCAGCUGGCUCAGGAGAAAGGGCGGCUGCAGCAGCUGUAUGAAGCAAAGGAAGGGGAGGUUGGCAGGUUGACUCGAGAUGUGGACAAACUAAAGGAGGAGAUCAACUCCCAUCUCAUCAAGGUCAAAUGGGCCCAGAACAAGUUAAAGAGUGAGGCAGAUGCGCACAAGGAAACUAAAGACAAACUGAGAGAGACCACGUCCAAGUUGGCCCAGGCGAAGGAAGAGACUGAGCAGAUCCGCAAGAACUGCCAGGACAUGAUUCGAACAUACCAGGAAUCAGAGGAACUCAGGUCCAAUGAGCUUGAUGCUAAACUUAAGGAGACGAAAGGAGAGCUGGAGAAACACAAGCAGGAACAAACAGACCAGUUAGAGCUACACCGGGUGAAAGCCAAAGAGCUGGAAGACCUGAAGAGGAGCUAUAAAGAGGCCAUGGAUGAGCUUGAUACGCUACGCACAAAGUUAAAGUGUCUGGAGGAUGAGCGUCCACGGUGGGAGGAUGAGCUGACCAAGUACAGGGAGAUCAUCAACCGUCAAAAAACGGAGAUUGGCCGCCAGAGAGAAAAGCUCGAAGAGGUGACUGCACUUCAGGAGCAGCAUCAAUGCGAUGAACAGGAAAUCAAAUCGCUUCGUGAUGAAGUGGAUGGCCUGACCAAUCAAAUGGCUGACCUGCACCGUGAUGUACAAGGCAGCAGAGAGCGUGAAGCGGAGUUACUGGGCUUCACUGAGAAGUUGAGCAGCAAGAACGCUCAGCUUCAGUCGGAGAGCAACGCACUACAAUCUCAGCUGGACCAGCUAACUAACAACUUCACCGAGCUUCAAGGAAAGCUGGAGGAGACUAACAGGCUGCUGGAAGACAAGUCACAGCAACUGAAACAGGAAGAGGCGCUGAGACAGCAAGAGGUGCAGAGUCUGCAGGAGGAGCGGGCAGCACUGCAGACGGAGGUGGCCCAACUGAAAACCAGAGUAGAAGAGCUGAGGGAUGAGCUGGUGACUCAGAAAAGGAAGCAAGCUGCUAAUAUCAAAGACCUCACAAAACAGCUAACACAAGCCCGAAAAAGGCUGGAGCAAGUUGAGAAUGGAGGGUGCGAACGGGAUGCCAGCAGUAUGGGCAGUCGCUCCAGUUCCUCAGGUUCUUUGAAUGCACGUCAUGGCGGCAGCAGUGGCGUUGAAGAUCGGUCACCAGAGAGCCAGUCGGGCCCUUCGGUGGUGGUUGUGGACAGUUUCCCAGAGGUCGACAAGGCUGUGCUCGUUGAGCGUAUCGUCCGUCUGCAAAAGGCUCUAGCUCGGAAGCAGGAGAAAAUCGAAUUCAUGGAGGACCAUAUCAAGCAACUGGUGGAAGAGAUCCGCAAAAAGACCAAGACAGCCCGGUGAACACUGACAAGAUAGCUGUAAGGCCGAAGCAGGUGAUGAAUAAAGAGACGGAUACAUGGUGGCUAAAGCUUAAAGGGUUUCAGAUAAGGGCGAGUUGGUGGCUAAUCUUCGAUACCACAUCCAUGACACUUGUCAUAAUCAUAGCAGUGUUUUUCAUCUUUAAGCUCACUUUACUGACAUUUUCUAAAGUAUGUAGACUUUGAAAGUGGGAGGAGCCUUUUUGGGUGCCACUGGUCAGGGCUGGACAAUACGUUUACAUUUAAAAUCUGUUCAAAGUAGAUAUUUGAUAGUGAUACGGUUUAUUGUUGCAAUCUAAAACCUUUUUUUCUUUAAAGCUGCAUCAGUGCAGUCCACUGCAGUCCCAGUGGCCCCACUAGCUCACAAAUACGCCUGCAACACAGAGAGAGACACAGUGCCCCAUUUAAACAGUUUGAGCCCUAAACCUUUCUUACAAUUAUCCCAUGAAGGAAUACGCAGUGGGGUCUGACUUGAGUGAGUUUUCACAAAGUCCAGUAAAGUGUUCAGUUGUCUAACAAAGAUACUCAUUGCCUAAAAUAAAUGGUGUUUUUCCAGCCUGGCGAACUCUGUUGAUUCAGUCGCUCUUAUUUUGUUCUGCUCAGAAAAAUCAGAUCUGAGCAUCGUCUUAAGCUGCCCAUUCUCUCAAUAUUGGUUCAGAUGAGAAAUCUUCUUAUGGCUUUAAUGCAGGAUCAUAUUUGGUCCAUAUUGCUUAGUCUUACAGUACCAUUGGUCUAUUUUCUUUAGCGAUGGUAGCUGUAGAUCAAUGGUAUUGUAGUAUUUUGUUUUUCUAAGCCAGACAGAACAUGAUUCUGCAGAAACCAUAUUGUAAUGACUGAAACCUGCGGCUACAGUUAAAAAGCUGUAGCAUUGCUACAAUAUAAUAGAGUCUUGCAGGAGCAGAGGAAAAAUAAUUGCAAAAUCAAAAAUGGUCCUUUCCACUUAGCAAUUUUAUCGCUACUUGGUGAUUUGUAGAUGUAUUUUCACUCAUCACGCAGCCUUGCAUUAUGUUCCCAGAGUGGCUUGUUGAUGUAAUGUGUGUAGGAAGUCAAAGACGGGUCAGUGUAUAGAGUACAGUAUACGUGAUUGGAAGUAAAUGAGUUAAAACGAGCAGAAUUAGCAGCAGCAUCCUUCAAGGGCAGUGAUGUCUUUCCCUCAACUGCCACACCUGGUUAUUAUGGCCAUUAGGUCUAAAUUGGCUGUUCAUGUGACUUGAAUUAAAAUGAUACUGUUGAAGACCAGAUGGGAACAAAGCAGGUGGAGGCCUUCUGCUCAGGAGGUGUUGAUACCUAUUUAUCUGGAGAGCACUCUUUUCACUCCACUAAGGCUGCGAUCAAUGAUAACUGUAAAUCAGAGGAAUAUAGGCUCUGUUGCAGGCUAUUGUGGGCCCACACUGGUGAAUGGGUUAAGUAUGCAUAAUGGGACGCAUCACUUCAGGGAUAUUUGUCUAAUUGCCAGUCAGGGUCAUAUCUUAAAGUAUUUUUGCUGUUGUCAUGAUGAAAGCUAGUGUCCCUUCAUAUUUUCUGGAUGAAGGAUUCAUCAAAUGCAUUUACUGAGCGUGUACAGGUGUACUUGUUGUUGUACAAAAUGAAGCUGAUUACUUCCUGCUUAUAGCCUCCAUGUUCUGAAUACAGACCACAAUAUUUUUUUUUUUGUCCGCUAUCUUUCUUCCGACCUUUGAAGUCCAAAGUUUGUAAUCUUAAGAACUGUGGUUUCUUAAUUGAGCUGUUCUGCCACCCUCACUCUAUGCAUGCAUGACUCGCUGCCCCUCUUUUUUAGAAGGAAAAGAAAUCCCUUUGAGUCUUAGAUUCAAAAUAAUAAGUCAUUGUCAUUCUAAAUUUCUGAUCUCUUCCCCCUGCCGACCUGUGCAUGCCAUUGAGCACAUCAUGUAGCCACAUCUUUAAUUUCUGUCACUUUUUUUUGUUUUUACUAAACACUGUCGUGAUGGAACUGGGGUCCUAAUAUGGACCCUUGCAAGGCUAGUCUAGAGGUAAGUUUAAUUUUAUGUCUGUGGUAGCCCAUGUGUUUUUCUGUGAGUGUGGAUGGGGAUAUUUUCUGGUGGUGGCUCUUUUAUGAUACUUGCAGAGCUAUUGUCCAUAUAAUUUUGCACCCAUGUACUUAUUUGCUUUGCUAGAUUAGAAUCAAUACGCCAUAGCAUUGUUUUAGGUAGAUGUUAGCUUUCCUUAUGUGUUAGAUU